UAUACAGUUUAUGAUAUAUUUACAAGCAGAAAUUCUGAAAAACGGAGGACACAUCCGGAAAGUUAUCGAUCUGAGCACAUCACUUCCGGUCUUCACUCCUUUCUCUGAGCUUCUAUCGGCUGUGUGACCCGCGUGUUUACACACUCCCAGAUGAAGGAGUCGAUAAUGAACCAGGAGAAGCUCGCCAAACUGCAGGCGCAAGUCCGCAUAGGCGGCAAGGGGUCAGCCCGCAGAAAGAAGAAGGUGGUGCACAGAACAGCAACAGCAGAUGACAAGAAGCUGCAGUUCUCUCUCAAGAAACUGGGAGUCAACAACAUCUCUGGCAUUGAAGAGGUGAAUAUGUUCACAAACCAGGGGACAGUGAUCCACUUCAAUAACCCAAAGGUUCAGGCCUCCUUGGCUGCCAACACAUUUACGAUCACAGGACACGCUGAGAACAAGCAGCUCACAGAGAUGCUCCCAGGAAUCCUAAACCAGCUGGGGGCCGACAGUCUUACCAGUCUCAGGAGAUUAGCAGAGACCCUGCCUAAACCAGCUGGAGAGAACAAAGGCCCCAUGGUUGCUGCUGAAGAAGAGGAGGAGGAUGAUGAUGAUGUUCCGGAUCUUGUUGAAAACUUUGACGAAGCUUCAAAGGACGAGGCAAACUAACAAUCACCAGCGAACAUUUUGUCAUCUUGACUUACCGUACUUUGACACAGCAGAAUUUUGUAUUGUUCAUCUCCCUAAUUCCUCUGUGGCUACAAACAAAAGUAGUUUUUUAAAUUGUAACUUUGAAAAUUGUGCCAAAUUAACCAGUAAAAUUGACUUUUAAAGGCACAUAUCUUACCCUUUUUGUUUGAUUUGCCAAAGUAAAAUUAUUAAAUUAAAUGGAAUGUGCAAACCUUUUCCUUUCACACGCUGCCUCUCCUUCAUUGGGAUGCCCACACAUCAAACAUGUAUUGGUGGAAUUAAUCAUGUAAUAAAAACUACAUUUAAAUAUC